AUGCUUGUUACUGUCAUUCCAUUCUUUGUUGCUUUGCUAGGUCUAGCAGAUGCUGCACCGAAGAAGGUGAAUCAGCCCAAUCGCGAGACUCAGCACCAUACAUCGACCAAAGUUUCAUACCAAACGAGCUUUGGUCGCCAGGUCUACCAUGGACACGUUCCGACCUCAACUGUGCGGAACACAUGGUUCAAUCCUCUGCCGGUUAUUAUUUUCUCAACCACUCAUCCCACUACCACAGUAACCCCUCCUGUGGUUACCGUGACCGAGACCGACUAUGUGACCUCUAUCGUCUCUGUUACUGCUGCGGCCAGUACCGAUGUUGUCUCGAUCACCUCGACCGAGAUCGACACCGAAACAACAACCACUACUUUGGAUCCUGUCACUAGUACCAUUUCUACUGACACUACCACAACUCUGACAUCUACCUCGACCAUCCCGACGCCAGACGGGUUCACCCCGUUGGUCGAUACUUUCGCAACACCCACAACGCUUAAGCGCGAUCUCUCGUUACUCGAGGAUCGUUCGCAGAAGUUUGAUAUCGCCGACUUCAAGUACACCCAUUCCCUCAGAUGCACGCAUGAAAUUGUCAUUGAAGUCAUUAUCAUCGACCUUGUCGUUGGCAAGCCGAUCACAAAGACGCUGCGUCCCCAAAUGACCACUGAACAUACUACCAGUACCAUCACUUCCACCUCGACCAUUGUCCCCGCUGAUGUUUCCACGACCGUUACCGAGUCAGUGACUUCUACGAUUUCCAGUACUGUGACGGCGCCCGCUGUGACAACUACGACUACUAGCACAUAUACUGUGACAGUCUCGACCUCCACCACGUUCUACGACGCCUGCGCGACCAACAAUGUUGCCCCUAGCCCUCUUACAUCGGACUAUGGCAGCUUCGAGGGUCAAUACAUUGAAUCCGUUUCGAGCGCCCAAGGCUCUAUCAGGUCAGGUAAUGGCAACUCGGCGUACGACUGCUGUGUCUCUUGUAUACAAGAUAGCAACUGUGGAAUUUCCAUCUACUGGGCAAGCGGAACAUGUUAUAUUCUCGAUAGCGCCACCUGCUCUCCAACUUCAAUUAUUGGAACCGUCGACACUUCCACAGGAUACGCUGGAGGUUCGGUAUCUAAUGGUCUCUGUGGACGUGCCGUGGGUGGUUCUUCUAAUAAUUGA